UAGGUAUUCACAUAUUUUACAGUAGAGUCAUUGGUUCCUCAACAUCAAGCCGGAUUUUAUAGAAGCCUUCCUCCGGUUAUGCAAGUCAAGUAUAUAAAAGCUUUAACUCCUCUCAUCAUGACGCCUCGUACCUUGUCUGAGCUAAGUUUGAAGAUGCGAUUUGCGCGGCGAAUCACUUUCUCGUCUUUGUCAUCCCCCACAUCAUAGGUAAUGCUACGCAUGAUAUUCGCUAUGGUCCACGCUAACACGAACCUACAUAAUGUGAUCUUCCGCUGAGCCUCAACCCCGAAAUACGUCUCGAGGUUAAAGGACCCUCGAGAAUUAAAAUUCCUCGUGGAUGGCUCUUCGAUGAACUCGUGUCUUGUCAUACACGGCAACUUACAUUUUAGGGUCUCACAAGCCACGCACCUUGAUGAAUCAAUCUGAAUCAUUCGGUGUCUAGAACAAUCCCUACAUGAUUCAUGCCCUGUCUUGCUUCGAAUUCAUGCUCUAGGUAGGGCAAGUAGCCGUUCGCCAGUAUCUGUCGCUUUUAUGUAUUUCCCUGUGUUUAAACAGCGGGAUCUAAUGAUAUUCCAUUUUUGACUGUUACCCUCAAUCUUCAAACUACCGCGCAGUGACGUCAAAUCACAGGCCUCAAGACCCCUAAAAUCCACCGAUAACGGCAAAACAACGGACCCCCACGUUCCGUCCCGAGCUCAGCUCCCAAAAUUUCUACGGGUCGGCUCGAAAGCUAUCUCAAACCCUGUGAUCGAUCUCAAUAUCACGAGGCACUGCAACUCAACACCAUUGGGCAAAGAUCGCGCGUGAUCUGACUCCCAGUUAUUGAUUUCCCACAUACUAUCGCUCGUCCGCUCAUUAAGAUCAAACUUUAUUCUACUUUCUUUUUUCGUAGCCUCGUCUGUUCUCAAGGGAUAAUAAUCAUGUCCAAGACUACUCUCGCUACUAUGGCCUGCCUAGGCGCAGGAGGUGGUGCUGCUAUCACUGCCGCCAUUUACUCCAUUCGAGGCGGUAAACGUGUCGAGGAAACCAAUACUCUAGCUACGCCUCCUCCAACAACCUCAAACUCUUUCGCCGCUCUUCCUGCUCCCACCGCCUCUCCCGCUGUUCCUCCCGCCCAAGUCUUCGGGCCUCCAGCCACUGCGCCGUCCGGCUUGCCAAUCGACCCCAGCGCAAUCGUCAACCCCGGGGGUCUUUUCGAGUACGGCUUUCCAGGCCCUAUCGCCGAUGUCGCUAAUCGCUCUGGCCUUGUCUCCUCCUACGAUCGUCGUACACGAAACCCUCACUGGGUCGUCGAACAUAUCACACCUGCUUCCCUUGCCAUUCGCGAUGGUGAUCGAAAGCACAGCAGCUUUCUUGAGGAUGACUCUGUGCCACAAAAGUUCCGGGCUCUGUUGAAGGACUACUACCGCAGUGGUUAUGACCGUGGUCAUCAAGUUCCUGCUGCCGACUGCAAAUGGUCUCAGAAGGCCAUGGACGACACAUUCUACCUCACAAACAUGUGCCCUCAGGUCGGUGACGGCUUCAACCGUGACUACUGGGCUCACUUUGAGGACUUCUGCCGUCGUUUGACAGUCAAGUAUCCCUCAGUUCGCAUCGUCACAGGCCCUCUCUAUCUUCCCAAGAAGGAGGCCGAUGGCAAGUGGUACGUCAAGUACGAGAUGAUCGGCACUCCUCCUUCAGUUGCUGUACCCACGCACUUCUACAAGGUGAUCUUUGCUGAGGACGGUCGCGUUGGUGGGAACGUUGCACUGGGGGCUUUCGUUCUCCCUAACGCUCCCAUUGCUAACUCAAAGCCUAUCACCGAUUUCGAGGUUCCUCUCGAGGCUGUUGAGCGUGCUAGUGGCCUUGAGUUUGCUACUAAGCUACCUCCCCAGCGAAGACGACGUCUGUGUUCUGACCACACCUGUGCUCUUGUGAUCCGAGACUUCGCGGAUAAGCAAAAGGCUUUUCCUAAGAAAUAAAAGGCUAGCAAGCAUUUGUAGAGUGGGAAAGGGAACAUUGGUCUCUGCAUAAGGGGAAUGAAUAAGCAUGAGAUGCUCUAUGGUUAGCUCUCAACGGAUUUAUAACAUACACGACUGCGUAUGAGAGCGUCACAGUUAUGUUACAUGUUUUGGCAUUUAGAAUUAUAUGCACCACCGAUAGCAUGUGCAUUUUGCCUAUGGGCUCAAAUGAAUGAUGGGUAUACAAAAGUUUUCGAUUGAUAUAUAUAUUACAGUUUUUGAAACCUGUGCCUGGUUCUGUAAGGAUACAAUGUAUUUUUGCUUAGUUGCAACCAGUUAGCAUUACGUAAACCACCAGCGCCAGAGGAUAUCGAAUCAUCGACGUUUCUUUUCUGCGUUUCCUCUAUCUCGCUCUCGUGUAUUUUCCUUGUCGCUGUUCGUGUCGCAAGCUCUCCUCUUGACUGGGUAGGGGAGCUCUCCGUCGGGCGUCUGCCUUGUCGGCGUCAAAUCCAGGCAUAGGAGGUGGUGGAACCGGCAUGGCAAAGCUUCCGGGCGGCGGAGGCAUGCUUCCCGGUGGUGGGAUAAGCCCAGGGGGUAAGGCUCCUGGAGGUAGGGCUCCUGGUGGCGGGAGGGGCACACCGGCCUUCUUCAUCAGCUCGAGGAGUUGAGCUGGAUCUGGAGGAUUCUUGGGAUCCAGGCCAGGUAAGGGGGGUGGCGGUGGACCACCGUUGAGUCCAGGUAAGGGGAAUGGCAGAGGAGGUGGAGGAGCACCUGAGCCGGCACCGACACCAGGAAUAGGAGGAGGUGGAAUACUUGAGCCAAGGCCUGGUAGGCCUCCACCAAGAGGCAGUCCAGGAAUGCCAGGCAGUCCGGGGACAGCAGCUUUCGGUGCGUCUUGGUCAACAAGAGCGUCCAUCUCGUCUUCCAUCUCUUGUUGUUCCUCCUCCUGUCGCUGACGACGGUUACCACGGCGGUCCCAGGUUCCUUGGGCCUCGGCCGCUGCUUCACCGAUAUGGUAGCGAUCCUGGAAAACAUCUGUAUCACCAGGUCUAGCACGGCUCCAGAAACGCGUAAUACGGUCAUUGGAUCCUGAUGCAAGGAUGUGUCCAAGAGGAUGCCAGUCAAGAGACCAAAUAGCAUAAUCAUGAGCAAAGGGCACCUUGUGCAUUGGCCAUACUGACUGAGCGGCUACUGAUGACGGUUCAGGGCUGUCGUAAGGAGCAACGGUGAAGGACUGGCCAGGAGGCGGGUUUGGUGAAUCGAGUAGGUAGUGGAAUAGCGAGCCGUCCAUACCACCAGUGCUGAGAAGAUUAGGAUGGAUAGGAUGCCAUGUAAGAGUAGAAAUAUCCUUCUCGUGACCUUUGAGAAGGCAAAUGUCACGCAUCAUGCGAAGAUCGAAAAC